GGCUUGAGUUUGAAGAAACCGAAGAACCUGAAUUUACUGCAUUAUGUCAGAAAUUAAAGAUACCAGAUCAUGUCAGAGAAAGAGCUUGGUUAACUUGGGAAAAAGUUUCAUCUGUGGAUGGAGUAUUGGAAGGUCAUAUUCAAAAGAAGAAGGAACUCUGGGGCAUCUGCAUCUUUAUUGCAGCAGUUGACCUUGAUGAGAUGCCUUUCACUUUUACUGAGCUACAGAAAAACAUAGAAACCAGUGUCUAUAAAUUCUUUGACUUACUAAAGGAAAUUGAUACCAGUACCAAAGUUGAUAAUGCUAUGUCCAGACUGUUGAAGAAGUACAAUGUGUUAUGUGCACUCUACAGCAAGCUAGAACGGACAUGUGAACUUAUAUAUUUAAGACAACCCAGCAGUGUGAUAUCUACUGAAAUAAAUUGUAUGUUGGUGCUAAAAAUUUCUUGGAUCACUUUUUUACUAGCAAAAGGAGAAGUAUUACAAAUGGAAGAUGAUCUGGUGAUUUCAUUUCAGUUAAUGUUGUGUGUACUUGACUAUUUUAUCAAGUUCUCACCUCCUGCACUGCUCAGAGAACCAUACAAAACAGCUGUAAUUCCCAUUAAUGGUUCACCUCGAACACCCAGGCGAGGUCAGAACAGAAGUGCCCGGAUAGCAAAACAACUAGAAAAUGAUACAAGAAUUAUUGAAGUUCUCUGUAAAGAACAUGAAUGUAAUAUAGAUGAGGUGAAAAAUGUUUAUUUCAAAAAUUUUAUACCUUUUAUGAAUUCUCUUGGAAUUGUAUCUUCUAAUGGACUUCCAGAGGUUGAAAGUCUCUCUAAACGAUAUGAAGAACUUUAUCUUAAAAAUAAAGACCUAGAUGCAAGACUUUUUUUGGAUCAUGAUAAAACUCUUCAGACUGACCCUGUAGACAGUUUUGAAACAGAGAGAACACCACGAAAAAAUAACCCUGAUGAAGAGGCAAAUAUGGUUCCUCCACACACGCCAGUUAGGACUGUUAUGAAUACUAUCCAACAGCUAAUGAUGAUUUUAAAUUCCGCGAGUGAUCAACCAUCAGAAAAUUUGAUUUCCUACUUCAAUAACUGCACAGUGAAUCCAAAAGAAAAUAUCAUGAAAAGAGUGAAGGAUGUUGGACACAUCUUUAAAGAGAAGUUUGCGAAAGCUGUGGGACAGGGAUGUGUCGAAAUUGGAUCACAGCGAUAUAAACUUGGAGUACGAUUAUACUACCGAGUGAUGGAAUCCAUGCUUAAAUCAGAAGAAGAACGAUUAUCCAUUCAAAAUUUUAGCAAACUCCUGAAUGACAACGUCUUUCAUAUGUCUUUAUUGGCAUGUGCUCUUGAAGUUGUAAUGGCCACAUAUAGCAGAAGUACAUCUCAGAAUCUUGAUUCUGGAACAGAUUUGUCCUUCCCAUGGAUUCUGAAUAUACUUAAUUUAAAAGCCUUUGAUUUUUACAAAGUGAUCGAAAGUUUUAUCAAAGCAGAAGCCAACUUGACAAGAGAAAUGAUAAAACACUUAGAACGAUGUGAACAUCGAAUCAUGGAAUCCUUUGCAUGGCUUUCAGAUUCACCUUUAUUUGAUCUCAUUAAACAAUCAAAGGAUGGAGAGGGACCAGCUGAUAACCUUGAGUCUGCUUGUCCUCUCAACCUUCCUCUCCAGAAUAAUCAUACUGCAGCAGAUAUGUAUCUUUCUCCUGUAAGAUCCCCAAAGAAAAAAGGUUCAACUUCACGUGUAAAUUCUGCUGCAAAUGCAGAGACACAAGUAGCCUCAGCCUUCCAGACACAGAAGCCAUUGAAAUCUACCUCCCUUUCCCUGUUUUACAAAAAAGUGUACCGGCUAGCAUAUCUCCGACUAAAUACACUGUGUGCGCGUCUUCUGUCUGACCACCCAGAACUAGAGCACAUUAUUUGGACUCUGUUCCAGCAUACAUUGCAAAAUGAAUAUGAACUCAUGAGAGACCGGCAUUUGGACCAGAUUAUGAUGUGCUCUAUGUAUGGUAUAUGUAAAGUGAAGAACAUUGACCUGAAGUUCAAAAUCAUCGUAACAGCCUACAGAGAUCUGCCUCACGCUGUCCAGGAGACCUUCAAACGUGUUUUGAUCAGAGAAGAGGAGUUUGAUUCCAUUAUAGUAUUCUAUAACUCGGUUUUCAUGCAGAGACUAAAGACAAACAUUUUACAAUAUGCUUCCACCAGGCCUCCUACCUUGUCACCAAUACCUCACAUUCCUCGAAGCCCCUACAAGUUUUCUAAUUCACCCUUAAGAAUUCCUGGAGGUAACAUCUAUAUAUCACCCUUGAAGAGUCCUUAUAAAAUUUCAGAAGGUCUGCCAACACCCACAAAGAUGACUCCAAGAUCAAGAAUCUUAGUCUCAAUUGGUGAAUCAUUUGGGACAUCUGAGAAGUUCCAGAAAAUAAAUCAGAUGGUAUGUAAUAGUGACCGAGUGCUCAAAAGGAAUGCUGAAGGCAGCAACCCUCCUAAACCACUGAAAAAACUGCGCUUUGACAUCGAGGGAUCAGAUGAAACAGAUGGAAGUAAACGUCUCCCAGGGGAGUCCAAAUUCCAACAGAAACUGGCAGAGAUGACUUCUACUCGAACACGAAUGCAAAAGCAAAAAAUGAAUGACAGCAUGGAUAUCUCCAACAAGGAGGAAAAGUGAGGAUUUUCACGGCCUUGGACACUGUCGGAGCUUGGUGGACACCUCUGACUUUGUGUCUCAUGGACUGUGUAAUUCUCCCAGGUUCUGCUUAUGGCCAUGUUUACUCAUUUAGAUAUAAAAUGUACAAGUGCAAGUUGAGUAUUUGUGUGGGUGAUUCCUAAGCCACUUCAAUGUUGUACUCAAUGGUAUAUAAUUGUUAUUACACAGGAUUGAGAAUCUUGUGUAAAUCAUGCCAUUUAAAAAGCUAGAGCAGAUUGUCUGCAUUUCCAGAGUGACCUGCUCUGCUCCGUGAGGUGAGGCUGCCUCUGGUGCAGGCAUCCCAACAGCCACUCAAGCCUGUCCGACUACUUUGCCUUCCCUCAUAGCACAUGUGUGAUGUUUGCUCUUGUUUUUAUUAAUUUAUAUGUAUAUUUUUUUAAUUUAAAGUGAAUACCCUUAGAAAAUGUGUCUUGUCUUCCAAAUGCAGUUUGAUUAACUAUCCAUUCAACUAAAUUAUUCUGAAUUCUUCUACUGAAACAGAUUAUUGUUACAAACCGGGAAAAAAUUACCAGUUUAUACACAUUGGGCUUAUUUUAAUAUUGGAAUUUGAUGUGCUGUGUGCUUGUUUUAUGUAUUUUACCUUUUAAAUACAAGGAGAAAAACAAAGUAUAAACAUAUGACACUGUCUUACUACUGACAGAUUUCAUACCUCAGAACCUAUAGGAAUUUAUUCUUUUAUUCAUCCGACUCAUGCUUUAAACUGAAAUUAUUGAUAAUACUCCAGGUUUUUUCUUUUAACCAAUUCAAAUCACUGAAUUUAUAAGAACCCAUGUAGUACUUGAAAAGUAUAGAGUCUAGCCACACCUUUGCUGCAGAGGACCCUCAUACAGUAUAAUCCAAGUGCACUUUCUAAUGUUUCUGGGUCCUGAAAAGUCAAGAUACAAAUUAAUUUCAUUCCUUAAGCAGACUGUUAACUAUAGGAGCCUUAAUUUUUUUUUCCUUAGAGAAUUGUUUAAUUGCAUCUGAACAGUUAUUUUGCUCUCCUAAGUUUGGGAAAAUUUGUUUUCUCUGGAAUGGUACAUGUCUUCCAGGUUUUGAACUGGCAGUUACCUUUUUAUAAAAGUCAAUCUGGUCUAACCCCAGCACAUUCAAAGCCACAUUAUUUCUAGUCCACUAUUACUGCAAGUAAUCAAAGGUGUCCGUAAGUUAGGCAUUAAUGUUUCUCUCUGAUUUUGUGCAAAACCUUCAGAUUUAAAUAGUUGCAUUAAAAAUUGGAGGCGCUCCCUUCACCCCUCCGCCUAAAGGUGUAUUUAAACUGUCUUGUGUGAUUAACUUAUUUAGAGAUGGUAUAAUUUAAAAUAGUUGAUAUUUAAGGUAGCAUCAGCUAGCAUUUAAGAAAAUCACUUUGUCUCAACUCAGUUCUUUUUAAAAAGAAAUCUGAUCUUGUUAGAAAACAAACUUUAUUUUGUGCUCAAUUAAGUUUCAAAUUUACUAUUUUGACAGUUAUCUUGAUAACAAAAGCAAUAGACAGCUUCUCCCAUUUCUUUAUUAAGUUUUGCAUGAACAUCUUACACAUUAGCUGGAUUUAGGUCAAGGGCUUACCAUACUUCUGGGUCUUUUGCUAGUAAGUUCAAGUUAGAAUUAGUGACAGAAGGAAUUUCAAAGGUUCUGUAUUGAGAUUUCUUAAGGCUUCAGAUACACUAUUGCUUUUUUUGUACUGGUUAAAACUAUACAUUCAAAAUUGCUAUGUUACUAUUUUCUACAAUAGUUUGUCUAUUUUAAAAUAAACUAGUUGAAGAACCUAGUGGUUUGAUGUGGUCUACAUUACAUGCUGCUCUGUGUGUAAGCUUUCUCUAAACAUAUCUGUUCUCAGCCUUUAAGAGACUCUUUCUGCUGAUGAGGCUGAUUUGCAGAAACUUGCUUUUACAUCCAUGUUUUGUUUUUUAUUGUGUUCUCUUUUGUUCCAAUUUUUAUGAAAUGAGCUUGUUAAAAAAGGUGGUGGGGAACAAGGAGCUUCAUGAGGCCCUGUCAGAAAGACACAGGCAGGGAGAGUGAGGCAUCUCUGCUACAGCAACCAUGCAGGGCAUAGAGAAAGAGCAAGACAAGACAGAAAGUGCUUGUCUACCUGCCAGAACUGGUGGCUGCAAGUCCUUCCCACACCUGAAUGCUGCUUUGUUGGGUACAGUAGCAAAUCUUAUCAAAAAUUUAAAAUCAAUUAUGUGAGGCUAACCUUGAAAAUAACAAGUUAGUAAGGAUACAUGGCUCCAAAAGUAGGAUUCAUUUAGGACAAGAGGCAUCCACUUUCUGUCUCCAAAAAAUGGACAGUUUGUCAAACGAAACUAUACACUCAAAAUGAGCUGGAUAUGGUGACAAAUGCUUGUAAUCCCAGCACUCAGCAGCAGACUGUCAGGGGGACUGUGUGUUUGAGGCCAGCCUGAAUUAAACAGCAAGACCUAUGUCAAAAAAAGAAGAAGGGGGAGGGGUGGGGAACACAGAUUAACAGGAUGUGAGAAAAUUUUUACAAAUGAGACAUCUGAAAAAUGACGGUUAUCCAAAAUAUACAAAGAACUCUUAAAAUCCAAUAAAAGGAAAAUAGACAACUCAAUAAUGAGCCAAAGACCUAAACAGACAUCACCGAAGAAGAUACACAGCAAAUAAGCACAUGAAACAAGAUAGGGAAAUGCUAAGGAAAACAAUGACAUACCACCACACACCUGUUAGAACUGCCAGAAUCUGGAACAAAACCACCACAUGCUAGUGAGAGUGUGGGACAAUGGGAACUCUCCUUCCUGCUGGUGGGAAGACAGCUUGGCAGUUUCUUAAUAAACUAAACAUAACCUUACCAUAUGAUCACAUAAUCACAUUCCUUGGUAUUUACUAAAAGGAGCUGAAAAAAAACCCCUACAUACAGUUAUUUAAUCCUUUCUUCACAACUGCCCAAAUCCUUGAAAGCGAUCAAGUUGUCGUUCAGUAGAUGAAUGGAUAUGCAGUGAUAUAUCCAGAGAGUGGACUAUUAAUCAACACUGAAAAAAAUUUACCAAGCCAUGGAAGAUCUGAAAUGUGUAUCACAGAUUAAAGAAAGCCAGUAUGAAAAGACUACAUUCUCAGAUUUCAAAGACAUUCUGGAAAAGAGAAAACUAUGGAGACAGUAAAAAAUGAACCAGACCAGUCACUAUUAUGUGCGGGACUAUGAUGAACACAUGUAGCAUGUAUUUAUCCGAACCCACCGAAUGUAUGAAACCAAGCUGCCGUCUUCACUGAGGAUGUUGUGUGAAGAUAGGUUCAUGAGCUGUAACUAAUGUACCAGCCAGGAGAUGCUGCUGAAAGUGCAGGGGUUCAACAUGUGGGAGGCAGGGGCAAGGGGAACAUAGCUGAGCCUUCCUGUUUUGGUGUGAAAUUAAAACUACUAAAAAAAUUUAAGUCUUCAAGAAAAGUAAUCUUACCAACAAACAACAAUGAAAGGUGAUAAAAUAGUAACUGGAUUGUUUAUAAACCAUUUAUGCUUUAGUACACAGACUCUGAUGAGACUAUACAUGAAGAUCUGCCUUAAAGAAGCAAAUAUAUAAUAUAAAAAAUGGAUUUAUAUAUACCUAUGAGACAAAGUUGGUAUUUUGAUUUUGUUGCUUAAAAAUUAAAAGGACAGUUCUAUUAUCUUCAAAGAAGCACUUUAUUAUCAAAUAAUUCUACAUCAGAACAAGAUUUUUAUUUCCAAAAGGAUUUCUUCAUAUAACAUCACAUUGUGAGACACUUAAAAAGUGGGGCACUAUAUCCUGUUCCAGUUUGUCUUUUCCCACUGGGUGGCUUGUUUUACUCUAAAAACUCAGACUUCUCAAUCUUGUUACUGGUAUCCAUGAAAUAUAUUAGUUCCUCUCCAUCUAGUUUAACUACACUAGUGUCAGGUUAAGAAACCUGUCUUAUAGUGACAUAAAAG